CCACGGAAGCGGAGAAAUAGUUUCCCAUUUUUACGACCUACCAUGUCUGAGGUGAGGGUGGUGAUUCUGGGAAGCGGCCGGGGUCAGAGGAGCUCUGUGGGAAACCUGUUACUGAAUGAGUCUGUGUUUGAUGCAACAAAAGAACCUGAAAGACCCAUCAGACAAACAAGAGAACUUCAAGACAAGAAGAUCUCAGUGAUCAACUGUCCAGACCUGCUCCAGCCCGACCUCACUGCAGAUGCACAGUCAGAGUUAGUCAGAGACACAGCAGACGCCUGUGACCCUGGUCCUCAUGUGUUCCUGCUGGUUCUACAGCCUGAAGACUUCACUGAGCAACACAACAUCAGACUACAGUCAGUCCUGAGGAGCUUCAGUGAGCAGAGCUUCCAACAUUCACUGGUGCUGCUGACAGCAACAAAAAAGACAAGUGUAAUGAAGGAUUAUUUGAAUUCUCCCCCUCUGAAAAAUCUGAUUAAAAAGUGCAAAUCCAGAUAUCAGUUGGUGAAGAGCCUUGAAACACAUAUGAUCUCUGAAGUACAUGAAGAACUCUUGACUAAAAUAGUCCAAAUACUUAAAGAGAACAAUGAAAAACAUGUUACUCUUGAUAUAUAUGAGGAUCCUGCUCCAGCAGCUCAUCAGACCAAAGAAGGAGAAGGAGACGUUCUUACUGCAUUUAAAAAAGACUCCACUCUUAGGAUUGUUCUGUUUGGGAAACUUUUGAACAACCAAAGAAAAAUGUACUUAAUCCUCAAUCACAGCUUUGAUAUGGCAACAGAACAAAGCUCUUCCACCGCUAACAUUUGGAGAAAAAGACCAGUGGUAGUGAAGACCCCAAACCUGCUCUGUCAGUCUGUGGAGACUGUGACAGGAGAACUGAAGAAAUGUGUGUAUCAGUGUUCUCCUGGACCCAACGUUCUGCUGCUGCUGGUGAAUCCUUCAGACUUCACCGAGAACAACAGGAAAACUCUGACCUUCAUCCUGAGUCUGUUUGGUCCAGGUGCCUUUAAACACUCCAUGGUGGUUCUCACACACAAGCGCCAGAAGACCCUCAGUGUUUCAAAGCUCAUUAGUGAUUGUGGUGGAAGAUUCUACAACAUGUUUGAUGAAAACCACAAACUCCUGACUGAUUCUCUCAAGAGCCUUGUAGAUCAAAACAAAGCAUCAUUCCUUACCCUCACUGUGGAGCAGAAACCCUCUCUGAACCUUGUUCUUUUUGGGAAGACUGGAGCAGAGAAGACCUCAGCAGCUGAGUGUAUUUUAGGGCGAGCAGAGCUCCCUGCAGCGAGUAGCACAGAGCAGUGUGUUAAACAUGAGGGAGAGGUCUGUGGGCGUCGUGUGUCUCUGGUGGAGCUGCCGGCUCUGUCUGGAAAACCUCUGGAGACAGUGAUGGAGCAGUGCCUCCACUGCAUCUCCCUCUGUGCUCCUGAGGGCGUCCAUGUCUUCAUCCUGGUUCUACCGGUGGCUCCUCUCACUGAUGAAGACAAGACCGAGCUGAAGAUCAUCCAGGACACACUCAGCUCUCGAGUCCGUCCCUUCACUAUGAUUCUGUUCAUUCAUUCAGAGCCCACUGCUCCAGCUGUGCUUCAGUUUGUUGAAGGAGACAGAGACAUCCAGGAGCUGUGUCAGAGCUGUGGAGGAGGAUAUUUUAUAUUCAACCCCAGAGACCAACAGCAGGUCCCUCAGCUGCUGGAUUAUUUAAACACACUGAAGACCAAGAACAUAACUUACAGCUACACCACAGAGACACUUGUGCAAGCUCAAAUAGAGAAGAUUUCAGCUCAACACAAACAAAUGGAGGACAUGAAAUAUAAAACAAACAGAU